AUAAAAUGUAAACUUUACAUUAUACACAAAUAUCAAUAUGACAAUCACAGCCGAAUGUGAUCUUAUAUACAGAGAAACUUUUAUCUCAAGUAGUUGGCAAUUCUGCUUAACCCCUUUCGAAGUCUUUUUCACGCGGUGCGGAUAUCGUCAAGAUGUUCACGGCUAACGCUAAAAUAAUAAAGAGUGGUGGAGCCGAACCUGAUGCGUUCGAAGCCAGCAUUUCUCAAGCUCUUCUAGAGCUGGAAAUGAACAGUGAUUUGAAAUCGCAAUUAAGAGAAUUAUAUAUCACUAAGGCUCGGGAAAUAGAAACCAAUAAUAAGAAGUGCAUAAUUAUAUAUGUACCAAUGCCAAAACUGAAAGCUUUCCAGAAAAUUCAAACACGACUCGUACGUGAGUUAGAAAAGAAAUUUUCUGGGAAACAUGUAAUGUUUGUUGGAGAACGUAAGAUUUUACCAAAGCCAACAAGGAAGACACGCACCAAGAACAAGCAAAAGAGGCCAAGAAGCCGUACCUUGACUGCAGUAUAUGAUGCGUUGCUUGAAGAUUUAGUAUACCCUGUUGAAAUUGUUGGCAAACGCAUCAGAAUUAAAUUAGAUGGUACACAGCUGAUCAAAGUUCAUUUGGAUAAAAAUGAACAAACUAACAUUGAGCAUAAGGUUGAUACCUUUGCUGCUGUGUAUAAAAAAUUAACUGGUCGGGAUGUAACAUUUGAAUUCCCAGAAACCUAUUUCAAAAUGAGUUCAGGAUUUAUAUCAGAAGCAGAGAUUGCUGAACAACGAAGAGUAAGACAGCAAGAAUGGGAACGUGUAAGAACUGCAGACCAACCAUUAGAAGCUCCAGAAGAGCCAUAUGAUCCAAGAUCAUUGUAUGAACGGUUACAAGAACAAAAGAAUAAACGAGAUGCAGAAUACGAAGAAGCACAUAAGCUAAAGAAUAUGAUAAAAGGUUUAGAUGAUGAUGAAGUAGAAUUUCUGGAUUUAGUAGAUAGAACUAAGUUAGAAGAAGAACGUAAGAAGAAUCUUGAAGAAGAAAAAGAAAUGCGUGAUUUUAAAGCUGCGGUUGCUUCCUUGCAAGAAAAGUCAUUGAACGAAAAGUUAAAACAAGAAUUAAAAAAUCCUCAAAUGGCAAAUAAAAAUGUUUCUUCUGGAAGUAGUCGCACUUCACAAUUGAAACUGCUAGCUGGUGUUGUAGUCAAGCGCUCUGAAAAGCAAAAACCAGGGGAAACCACUCGAGGUGUUAAGAGAAAACUAUCAUCCGAUGAGAGUAAAGAAUCAUCUAAGAGUAAAGAUUGUGAAGAAGACGAUCAGAAAGCAAAUGAAAAUAUAGAAUGUGAGACUGAAAUGAUUGAAGAUGUCUCUGUACAAAAUAAAACUAUAGUAAAUGAUAUAGGUGGUAUGAAAUGCAUUGGCAUCUUACCUGGACUUGGCUCUUAUGAAGAUUCUAGUGAUAGCGAUUGCAGUUCAGAUACAGACCAAGAUCCAGAAUUAGAUAAUUCCAAAUAUGAUCUCCUAGCAUUUUUGAAUCAUCAAAAUACGAUAUUCAAAAUGCCAAUUGAUCAAAUCCAAUAUUCUGAAAAAUACAGCGACGAUAAAUAUGAGUAUAGACAUGUGAUUUUACCAGUUGAUUUAGCAAGACACGUUCCAAAAACACAUCUUAUGUCAGAAACUGAGUGGAGAAAUUUAGGAGUUCAACAAAGUCCUGGUUGGGUUCAUUAUAUGAUGCAUGUACCAGAGCCUCACGUGCUACUGUUUCGUAGACCAAGGACUGAUGUUUUAACAACUUCGAGUUUUAACAAUUUUCGGAGGGAGCCUCAAAGAGUAUACAACAAUUUAAAUGGUAUUUAGUAGAAUCUACAUGAA